AUGCUGCUAGCACCGCCAGACACAAGCAAUCCGCGCAUUAAAUCGUAUGGAUCAGCCUACAAAGAGAUAAUAAAUACAUCGAGGAAGCGUCAAUCAUCAGCCAAUGCGGUUGUGAUACUAGCAGCACCUGACGUUGAUGCUCUAUGUGGCGUUCGUAUCCUGGUAGAUAUGCUCAAAAUUGACGGCAUAUUGCACAAUGUCAGAGUUGUGAGUGGAUACGCUGAGCUGGAGAACGUUAGAGGUGAAAUCGUGGAGGAUCCUGAGCUCCACAGCGUCGUGAUUCUAGGAUUUGGAAGCUUACUCACACUAUCUUCUCAAUUUGCCUUGCAUUCUGGCGUUACAGUCCACCUCGUUGAUUCAUCAAGACCUUGGAACUUAGCCAACGCGUUUGGAGGGUUUGGCGGAGGCGAAUAUGAUGAAGCGAAAGUACUAGUUUGGGACGAUGGCUAUUACAAUGCCAAAGAAAUGGAAGAUCUUAAGAAGAGCUGGGAGGCACUGGAGUAUGACCCUGAAGACUCAGAAGAUGAUUCGGAAGACUCAGAGGACUCCUUGGACGAUGAUAGCGAAGAUGACAAUGACAACGGUGUUGCCGAUAGUGAUGAGGACGCAAAUCCACCUGCUAAAAGAGCAAGACUCAAUCCAAAGAAAGCUCGAAAGAAGCUCAAGCAAGACAGACAGGUACACAGAAGCAAGCUUUCAAAGUACUACAAUAGCGGCUCUUCGCAUGGCAUGAGCGUAAGCUGCGUAAUGUAUAUUUUAACAGUAGAACUCGAACGCGCUGUCAACGAUCUCGUCUGGUAUGCCAUACUUGGGUUGACAUAUCAGUACAUCUCAGCUCAAAUAUCACGCUCCCAAUAUGACGAUCGAUAUGUUCUCUUGCGAGAUGAAGUAGCCCGUCUGAAUCCACCAACGAUAGGUGAGACGGUCACCAAUCCAGAUGAUUACAGCAUAUCAAUCAAAGAAGAGUUACGAUUCCCUUUGCUUCGUCACUGGAGCUUAUACGAUAGUAUGAUACACUCAGAAUACAUAGCGAGUAAACUAGGUAUAUGGAAAGAGGGAGGCAAAAAGCGAUUACAUGGAUUCCUUGCAGAGAUGGGUUUGCCGUUAGUGCAAGCUCAACAGUCCUAUGCUCACAUGGAUACGGAUUUAAAGCGAGCUUUACCUGUGAAGGUGGAGAACACUGCACCUAGACACCAGUUAGUAGAUUUGUCGUACCCUUCAUUUGUUAGGAGCUUUGGUUUGAGAUCACUUCCGCUGGCUGCUGCUGAUGCGGUAGAGGCUAUCAACGCACUGUUGCAGGCAGCAACUGGCAUCAAUAUCUACGUUGAUGACGGCAAAGGCGGUGGUGAACUGUUCAGUAACGUUCGAUUGUGGGAAAUUACGAGUCUGUUCGGCAAUACAGUUGACAACAAAGAAAAUAAGCGCAAUCUUACAUUCUUUGGUCAGAUGGAGGAAGGUGAUGAAGAUAUUACUGCACUUAUAAAGAAGAAAAAUGAUGAAAGGAGCUGGGAAAGGAAUUUCUGGAUUGCGUAUGAUGCUUUAAACAAUAAUGUUUCCAGGCUUAGAGCAUCUAUUCCAUUAUGUAUCUCUUUGCAUAGAGCAGUGCUACGGACCGGAGCAAGUUUAAUUGAACAGAAGGUCAUUCGGAAUCUCAGUCUGUUCAGGCUGGCUAUCUUGAAAGAAGGGCCAGAUCUCGCACUAUUUUGCAACCCAGCACCCCUUUCUCGUCUAACAAAGUGGCUGAUAGAAGCAUUGAGAGAUCGUAUUGUCUCCAAGACUAAAGGUGGCAAGGUUAUAGACCCGCGCACUGGGUCACAAAAGAGAUUGAAAGACCUACCAUUUAUCGUUGGAUGUCUAAACGAAAAGACUGGCACCUACCUCGUUGCAGGUAUGACAGGUUCCACUUUAUUUGACGACGCCAGAAAAAAUAAACUGGGUACAGUCUUUCAUGAUGCGGCUGAGUCCACUCGUACUAGAUCUAAGCAUGACUGGUUCGAUACAGCCGUUGUCGAAAUCCACGGUGAUGAUCUCCAAGAUUUUAUCGAAGGUGUACAAGCAGGUCUGGCAGAAAGCAAUUAUUAG